GGGUGUCUUUGUGUGAAGUUGGCUCUUUAUUGAUGAUAACAAAAGCUUGGAUUUCGGUUCUCAAUUAAAAUUCUUCUUUUUUUCCCCACAUAAAUGUAUUGGUUUUACAUUUUUUUUAUUUAAAUAUUUUUUUCGAUGAAAAUUUUUAAUAUUUUAUAAUAUAUAUGUGUAUGUAUAUAUAUAAAACAUAGGAGUAGGAGAAGAUCCACACAUUUCAAGGACCAACGGCAACCCUACGUAUCCAUUCUAUUCGCUUCGCCCUCUCCUCCUCUGCCUCUUAUCUCCUUCUGUCUUUAUCCAUAUCUUUCUCUUUUACGUUUUCUGCAUCUGGGUUUCCAAUUAACAUUCCGAAUCUGUGGUGGAUUUUUUUCUUUUUUUGGUCGAAUCAAGGUUUGGGUAUUUUUCAUUGCUUUUUUUUUUUUUAAUUUCUUUAAUUCCCAUUGUCGUUUUUUGUUGUGUGGUUUUGUCAAUGGGCUCUUUGGAUGAGGGCCAUUUAUGUGUUGAGAUUGAGAAUGGAAUGAAGCUGGAUGUAAGUGAGAAAGAGCCUGAAACUAUAGCUAUUGAGGAUGCUGUGAAAGUUCUAUUGCAGGGUUUGGGUGAGGAUGUUAACAGAGAUGGCCUUAAGAAAACUCCCCUUCGUGUUGCCAAGGCACUUCGAGAAGGAACAAGAGGUUACAAGCAAAAAGUAAAGGAUAUUGUUCAGGGAGCUUUAUUCCCUGAAGUGGGUUUACAUGAUGGAAUUGGUCAUGCUGGAGGAGUAGGUGGGCUUGUGAUUGUUAGGGAUCUUGAUCUGUUCUCAUAUUGUGAGUCAUGCUUGCUCCCGUUUCAGCUUAAGUGUCAUGUAGGUUAUGUGCCAUCCGGUCAGCGGGUUGUGGGAUUAAGCAAACUGUCUAGAGUAGCUGAUGUUUUUGCAAAACGACUGCAAGCCCCGCAGCGUUUAGCAGAUGAAAUAUGUUCAGCUCUGCACCAUGGAAUCAAGCCAGCAGGGGUUGCUGUGAUACUUGAGUGUUUGCAUAUUCAUUUCCCGAAUGUGGAGUCAGUCCUCCUUGACUCAAAGCAUCAAGGAUGGGUAAAAGUCCUGGUGUCUUCGUGUUCGGGGGUUUUUGGAAAUGAAAAUGCUGACACUUGGAGUGAUUUUCUUGGUCUUUUGAAAUUCAGAGGUGUGACUGUGGAUAGAACUCUAACCAGGGACUCCGUUAAUCAAAGUUGGUGCCCUUCAAAUUCUUCAUCUAUGGCUAAGAUUUCAUCCGAGCUUGUAGCGGCCAACCCUGAAAUGGUUGCUGCAGUAGCAUCAAUACUCAGAUCUUUGGGUGAAGAUCCAUUAAGGAAAGAGCUUGUGGAAACUCCUAGCCAUUUUGUGAGGUGGUUGAUAAACUUUGAAAAUACGAAGUUGGAGAUGAAGCUGAAUGGCUUUGCUUGUGGCAUAUCCGAUCUUCUCAAACCUAAUGGGGAAAUCAGCUCCCGCAACAACGAACAGAUGCAUUCAGAGUUGAACCUCUCAUUCUGGUCACAAUGUGAGCAUCACCUGCUUCCCUUUUAUGGUGUGGUCCAUAUUGGAUACUUCUGCCCUAAAGGAAUCAAUCACCUUGGGAAGUCCCUUUUGCAGUCAAUAGUACAUUUUUACGGUUUCAAGCUCCAAGUGCAAGAAAGGCUGACCAGGCAAAUAGCUGAAACAGUUUCAUCGAUCCUAGGUGGAGAUGUCAUGGUAGUUGUGGAGGCUAACCACACCUGUAUGAUUUCUAGAGGGAUUGAGAAGUUUGGCAGUAACACAGCUACCAUUGCAGUGCUAGGACGAUUUUCAACCGAUCCGGCUGCUAGGGCUAUGUUUUUACGGAGCAUUCCAGACGAUACUACAUCUCGAAUAUUAUAGUUACUCUUUUCCAGAUCUAGAUCCGGUUAUUCUUUACCUCAGUUAAUGCUUUCACCCAGUAUGCAGCAGUGCAGAAAAAUGGUAUAAUUUAUACUGUAUACGCCCAUGGAUUACAAAAAAAUGCAGCUUGGGGCCUGGUUAUGUUCCAACUCCAGUUUGGCUAUUUAAGGCAAGGAGUUCCAUUUAGUCUCAGAAGAGGCACCCUAUUUACAAUUUUUUCUCUCUCUUUAAUAUAAAUCCCUUUGUGGGAAUUCCAGGGGUAAGUCCUCAAUUCCACCAUUACAUUUCUGGGCAUACUUUUGUUUUUCUAAUUAAAGAUCUCAAUGUACUGAGGAAGUUACUGAAAUUUUUAAACACCAUUUAGAAAUUGGAAAAUAAAAAUAUAUUCACGUUUAAUGGUUUAA